AAAACCCCAAAGCCCAUAGGAGUGCCUAAAGAAAUAGAGCUAAUACUAUAAACCUUAUCGUCUACUCUAUCUAUCUCCCCUCCUCUCUGCACCAAAACCCCUCUUUGUUGUUCUCUCCACAGAGAACUUCCCCUAUCUCUUACUAUCUUUUUUUACUUUAUCCCUUCAAUUGAGAAGCGAGGAGUUGUUGACGGUAUGGACUCCAAAGAAGAAGCGACGUCGUUUCCACCUCUAGUCUCUUCUCCUCCUCCUCCAGGUUCUUCUCCUAUCAACAAUUCCUCCUCUUCUCUUGAUUCCCAAAUUCAAAAUAACGUUGCAAACACUGAUACCGAAAUUAAUAAUAAUAAUAAUAGUUAUAAUAGUAACGGCGUUGGUGAUGAUGGAACACUUGUGAGUGGUGGUCAGCAAGAAAAGAUUGUUACGGGCUCUGAAAAGCCCGUUCUUGCUGACCCAGAUGAGAAAACCCUAGCAAAAUCCGUUGGUGAAGAGCAGCCCAAUGAUUCUGCGGAAAUUUCGAUGCUGAAGUCAGUGAAGCCUGUUUCUGAGGUUUCUAUGAUUGAUGGUGUCGAAAAAGUUGAUAAAGUUGAGGUUUUGGGGGGAGAAAAUGGUGAAAGGGUUAUGUUGAAUGAGGAUUCUGGUGGGGUUGGUGGAUAUGCUGGUGAUUCUGUGGGUAUGGGAAUCGAGGUUUCGGAGGGAAAUACUGAAGAAUUAAACUCAGUUGAUGAGUCGAAUUCCAUUGAGCAGGUGAAAGAAAGUGGUGGUGAGAUUGCAGUAGGUACAGAAUUGAAAGGUGGUGAGGAUAGUUCCACUCAAGCGGAGGUGAAGGAAACUGAGGAGAAUGGAAAGGAUGAAGCUUUAACUAGUGUUGCUUCAUCUAAUUUAAAAGGAGCUGAGGAACCUGAUAAGGUGGUCGUUGAAGAGAGUGCUAUUUAUAGUGAUGAUGCCGAAAAACCCAAUAAAGCGGUUGUUGAACCGACAGAGUCUUUGUUCGUUGGAGCAGAUGGUGAGAAAUUUACUCCAGAAGGAGAUGCGGUUGUGGAUGCUAUUGAUGUCAAUGUCAAUGUGUCAGCACCAGGCGUUGCUGUUGUGGGAGAUGUGGAAGAGAGUGCUAUUCCUAGUGAUGAUGCCGCAAAACCCAAUAAGGAGGUUGUUGAACCGUCGGAGUCUUUGUUGGUUGGAGCAGAUGGUGAGAAAUUUACUCCGGAUGGAGAUGCAGUUGUGGAUGCUAUUGAUGUCAAUGUCAAUGUGUCUGCGCCAGGGGUUGCUGUUGUUGGAGAUGUGGAAGAGAGUAAAGUGAAUGUGGCAGCGCCAGGGGUUGCUGUUGUUGGAGAUGUGGACGAGAGUGAAGUGAAUGUGUCUGCGCCAGGGGUUGCUGUCGUUGGAGAUGUGGAAGAGAGUGAGGUGAAUGUGUCAGGGUCAGGGGUUGUUGCUGGAGAUGUGGAAGAGAGCAAGGAAGUGGAACAACAUGUUGAAAGUACUAUUGACGUGUCAGAGUCUUUGUUGGUUGGAGCAGAUGGUGAGAAAUUUACUUCGGAGGGAGAUGCAGUUGUGGAUGCUAUUGAUGUCAACGUCUCAGGGCUAGGGGUUGCUGUUGUCGGAGAUGUGGAAGAGAGCAAGGAAGUGGACGAACAUGUGGAAGGUACUGCUGAUGAGAAUGUGACAUCAGUAAAUGGUGUUGGUGAGACCAGACAACUUAUUGAAGAAGUGGCUAAUAUGACAGUUGAUGAAGUAGAUGUUCAGAACUCUAAGCCUGCGGUGGAUGAUAAUGUUGCAGCUGCAGAAUCCAAGCCUGUGGAUAACAUUGUUGGUGCUGGAAGUGAUGGAAAACUAGAUGCUGGAGAUGUUCAGACUGGUGAUGCGGUAGCUGCUACCGAGGAAAUCAAAGAAGCAGAUCCUGAAAGUGGUAAUAAAAGUCCGGACGUGAAGGAUGUCGAAAAGGAACCUGAGCAGGCAGUGUCUGAAACUAUUUAUGCCAACGGUGACCUUUCCGAAGGAAGCAUUGAGGGAGAUGUAGUGGAAGCUGAAGUCUCAGGUCAGUCAUCUGCCAUAUCAAGGUCAAUCAGUGGCUCACAGCAAAUACUGGAAGCAGAUGGAGAAGCUAAAGAUCAAAUAGAUGAAGAAGCUGAGCUUGAAGGCUCAAUUUCAGAUGGAGAGACAGACGGUAUGAUCUUUGGAAGCUCUGAAGCUGCCAGACAGUUUAUUGAAGAGCUGGAAAGGGAAUCCGGUGGUGAUUCCUAUACUGGUGCUGAGGCUUCACAUGAUCAUUCACAGGAAAUUGAUGGUCAGAUCGUCACCGACUCAGAUGAGGAGGCUGAUACUGAUGAAGAAGGAGAUGGGAAGGAGUUGUUCGAUUCAGCUGCCUUAGCUGCCCUUUUAAAAGCAGCAACAGGUGCUGAUUCUGAUGGUGGAAACAUCACAAUCACGUCUCAAGAUGGGUCAAGGCUAUUCUCUGUUGAACGACCUGCUGGUCUUGGGUCAUCACUCCGGUCGCUGAGGCCAGCUCCCCAACCAAACCGCCCCAAUCUUUUUACUCCUUCCAGUCUUCAGAAUAGUGGAGAAUCUGAGAAUAACUUGAGUGAAGAAGAAAAGAAGAAACUGGAGAAAUUACAGCAGAUUAGGGUCAAGUUUUUGAGGCUUAUUCACAGGUUAGGGCUUUCUUCUGAUGAGUCCAUAGCUGCUCAAGUAUUGUACCGGCUGGCACUUAUUGCACGAAGGCAAAACAGUCCACUUUUCAGCCUGGAGGCUGCCAAGAUGAGAGCUCUCCAGCUUGAAGCAGAGGGGGAAGAUGAUUUGGACUUUUCUGUGAAUAUCCAGGUUAUUGGAAAAUCAGGAGUGGGUAAGAGCGCUACCAUAAAUUCGAUCUUUGGAGAAGAAAAAACUCCAAUUAAUGCAUUUGGACCAGCUACCACCAGUGUGAAAGAGAUUAGUGGUGUUGUAGAGGGUGUUAAGAUUCGGGUAUUUGAUACACCCGGUCUCAAGUCCUCUGUGAUGGAACAGAGUUUCAACCGCAGUGUCUUGUCUUCAGCAAAGAAGUUUACUAAGAAGAACCCCCCUGAUAUUUUCCUCUACGUUGAUCGACUAGAUGCCCAAACUAGAGAUCUCAAUGAUCUUCCUAUGCUGAAGACUGUCACAAGUUGUCUUGGUCCUUCAGUAUGGCGAAGUGCCAUAGUCACCCUCACACAUGGAGCUUCUGCACCUCCAGAUGGACCUUCAGGCUCCCCUUUAAGUUAUGAGGUGUUUGUUACUCAAAGGUCUCAUGUUGUUCAGCAGUCUAUUGGUCAAGCAGUAGGCGAUUUACGAAUGAUGAGUCCAAGUUUGAUUAACCCUGUUUCUCUGGUAGAGAAUCAUCCAUCUUGUAGGAAGAAUAGGGAAGGGCAGAAGAUACUACCUAAUGGCCAGAGCUGGAGGCCUCAAUUACUGCUGUUAUGCUACUCAAUGAAGAUCUUGUCUGAAGCAAGUGCACUUUCAAAGCCUGAAGAUCCAUUCGAUCACCGUAAGCUCUUUGGUUUCCGCACACGCUCACCACCUCUCCCCUACAUGCUGUCCUCAAUGCUGCAGUCACGUGCACAUCCCAAGCUUUCCGCUGAGCAGGGUGGUGAUAAUGGUGAUUCAGACAUUGACUUGGAUGAUUUGUCAGACUCUGAUAAAGAAGAAGAAGAGGAUGAGUACGACCAGCUUCCUCCGUUUAAGCCUCUUCGGAAGGCUCAACUCGCUAAGCUCAGCAAAGAACAGAGGAAGGCGUAUUUUGAGGAGUACGACUAUAGGGUCAAGCUCCUUCAGAAGAAGCAGUGGAGAGAAGAGUUGAGAAGAAUGAGAGAAAUGAAAAAUAACAAGGGAAAAGAGGCGGCAAUUGAGUAUGGUUAUGCAGAGGAAGAAGCUGAUACAGGGGCAGCAGCUCCUGUAGCAGUUCCCCUACCCGACAUGGUCCUCCCUCCUUCUUUUGAUAGUGAUAAUCCUGCCUACAGGUACCGCUUUUUGGAGCCCACUUCACAGUUUCUUGCAAGGCCUGUCCUGGACACGCAUGGUUGGGAUCAUGAUUGUGGUUAUGAUGGUGUUAACGUGGAACAGAGUUUAGCCAUUGCAAGUCGUUUCCCUGCUGCAGUUACUGUCCAAAUCACCAAAGAUAAGAAAGAUUUCAGUAUCAAUUUGGACUCUUCUAUUUCUGCUAAGCAUGGAGAUAAUGGAUCCACCAUGGCUGGCUUUGAUAUUCAAAGCAUAGGAAAGCAACUUGCAUAUAUUGUCAGGGGAGAAACCAAAUUCAAAAUUUUGAAGAAGAACAAAACUGCUGGUGGAAUUUCUGUCACAUUUUUAGGUGAAAAUGUGGUUACCGGACUUAAAGUUGAAGACCAGAUCACCCUAGGCAAGCAAUACGUUCUAGUUGGCAGCGCUGGCACUGUUCGAUCUCAGAGUGACACAGCUUAUGGUGCCAACUUUGAACUGCAGAGAAGGGAGGCAGAUUUUCCAAUUGGUCAGGUGCAAUCUACAUUGUCUAUGUCUGUCAUAAAGUGGAGAGGUGAUUUGGCUCUAGGAUUCAACAGUAUGGCGCAAUUCGCGGUUGGGCGUAAUUCUAAGGUAGCUGUUCGAGCAGGAAUCAAUAACAAGCUCAGUGGGCAAAUAACUGUGAGGACAAGCAGUUCAGACCACCUCUCUCUUGCACUUUCUGCUAUAAUUCCAACUGCAAUUGGCAUCUACAGGAAACUUUGGCCUGAUUCUGGCGAGAAGUACUCGAUCUACUAAAUUUCAUUUUCAUUUCAGCAUUUUUGGUUAAUUGAACUUUGUAAUGGCGUAUUAUCUUGUCAUUCUAUUGAAUAAUGCUUCUGUCAUUUAUCCAUUCAUGUAGGAUUCCUACUCGUAUCAGUUUUGCGUGAUUAAAUGUGCUCUUUUACAAGAUGAAAUCAAGAGGUUCGUGUUGCUUAAA